AGAUUAGGUCGGCAUUCAGUAGGAGUGCUUGUGAGUCAGUGUGCUUUCGGUAGUUUUCUAUUUCAGGUUAUCAUCGUCAUGGUAAAUUAUUGUGUUUAUGGAGGUUGCACAAACUGCAGCCAGUCAGGACAUCGAGUCCACAGAUUUCCAGACAAGAAAAAGCACGGUGAUAUCUUCAGUGCCUGGGUGCGUUUUGUGCAAGCGAAGAGACGAGACUUCACCAGUGCAUCUGCUACGAAAAACGCGGUGGUGUGUAGCGUUCACUUCACACCGGAACAUUAUCGUCCAGAAGACAUAAUGGAGGUCAACAUGGGAUGCAAAAGCAAAAACCAAGUGAGACUCAGAGCCGAUGCGGUUCCCUCGGUGCACAUAGCCGCUUCAUCGGGUCAGCCGUCAGCCCGUGGUUCGUCCGCCGCCCGGAGACAUGUUGGUCAUAAGUGGCCUAACUUCGUUUUAAAAAGAGUGACGUCAGGCCCUUCACAGUCUACAGAGACAGUUUCACCGCUGGGCUCUACGUCUGUCGCAGGUGUCCCUAUGGCUAGUGAAGAUUCAACAGAACAACUUCCAGGAGUUGCAGCUGGUUCAGAAGUGAAGCCAGAUGCAGUGGAGUCAUGCCUGCUGGCUGCCACUGAAGCAGGUGAAAAUGAACCAAGCCUUCAAAACAGCCUAAUGGAAACCCAAAAUGUGGAGCAGGAGGAAGUAGAGAAGCUUUCAGAGGAGAUGAAGGAAGAUCCGGAUUUAAUACAACAGUCAGGGGUGGACCAACAAAACGGACCAGAAAAGAACAGUGUAACUGAAAAGAAGGUAGAAGAAGAAAAUUGUGCACAGGAACACUCUGAGCAGAAGAAUGGUGGAGAAGUAAAGAAAAAGGAAGUGAGGAACAAUGCAGAUGAUGCAGCACAGUGUUCAGAAGAGCUUGUGAUCGCUAAAGUCGAAGACUUUACCAGUGAAAUGGCUAUAGAUGUGGACAAGACUGAGGAUUGCGAUGGGAAGAUGGAGGUAGAUGGAUCAGAUGAUGCAGGAAAAUCUCUCCCUGAACCCAUAAAAAGAGAGAAAACUGAACCACCUGUCGUGCAAACACUGUCAGUGUUAAAAACUGAGGUGAAUCCUCAAGUGGCCCAGCUCUCUGAUGCACUGCCAGUGAAGGUGAAGGAUGAGCCAAUGGAUGAGGAAUAUGAGAAAGCAUCGGUGUCACUGCGGCCAGUGGGAAACAUUAAAGAUGAGCCUGACCCAGCAGCUGAGGUCAACCAGACACCUGAUUCGAUCAAGAUCAGCGCAGUUUUUUCUGUAGGAGGAAAUGCCACAUCCAUUGUUCCAGCAGCUGCUCCAGCAAAGGUCCCUACACUAGUCCCUACACUAUCCCUUCCUUCUCUGACCCCUGCCAAUCCAAUUGGUGUGGUCUGCACAGGAUGUAACAAAGUCCUCUUAAAGGGACAGACGGCUUUCCAGCGCAAAGGCUGUCCUAAACUCUACUGUUCACCUCAGUGUCUCUGCACCACCUCUAAUGUUGUGGUCAAGAUACCUCAGAAGAAACAAUGUCACUACUGCCACAAAGACAUUCUUGACCUGAAGGAUGUGAUCAAUGCUCCGGUGGAUAUGUCAGGGACUGUGAAGGAGUUCUGCAGUCAGAAAUGCCUCGGCGCUUUAAGCUUCAAGUGCAGUGUUUGUCAUAAGACAGGAAUGACUUACACUCACGAAGUGAACUUAUUGGGCUCCGUCCAUAAGCUGUGCAGCAAUAGCUGCUUCAACCAGUUCCGCUCCUCCAAUAAGCUGAACAUGAACAGCUGUGUGAACUGUGGAGGAUAUUGCUGUGGCACAGACAGUCAGUGUCCGUCUCUGCAGAUAGAGAGCAGUGUUAUGAAGUUCUGCAAACAGAACUGCCUCGUAGCCUUCAAAAAGAAAAGUUUGAAACCUGUCAGCUGCAAAAUUUGUCGUACCAUGCGGCCAGUUGCAGAAAUGGUGGACAGUCCAAACAUGCAGGGUGUCAAGGAACUUUUCUGUUCAAGUUCCUGUGUCACAGCGAAUAAAGUUCAGACUGUCAGUUCUUCAGGUGUUCCAGUGGAAUGCAACAGCUGCAAGCUUAAACUAACGCCUCAGUACCAUCUAGCCAUGUCUGACGGAACCAUCCAAAACUUCUGCUCCUUUUCAUGUGUAGUAUCAUAUCAGGAGUCUUUCAGUAAGAUAAAGCCUGCCAUGGCAAUAAAUACUGCUACUUCUACAAGCAACAACACACCUACCACAAAAUCUCGUGCCCCCAAACCUCCUGCAGAGUCCAGCUCAUCAGCAAAGACCAGUACUUCCAGUGGUCCACCGCAAACAGCCACUAAGAUCCCCUGCUCUCAGUGUUUGAAGUCAUUCUACCACAGACCAGAGCUGCUGGAGUUCAAGAGGAAAAUGUACGCUUUCUGUGAUAAUAGUUGUGUUGAGGAGUUUAAACAGAUCAACAAUAUCAUGGCUCGCUGUGAGUACUGUAAGAUUGAUAAAGUUGUCAAGGAGGUGAAAAGGAUAAACAAGAUUGACCGCUCUUUCUGCAGUGAGGGAUGCAAGUUACUGUAUAAGCAUGACCUGGUCAAGCGCUGGGGGAAGAAGCACUGUCGCAACUGCUAUUACUGUAGCGGAUCCGCUCAGGCUCUAGUGACUGAAGUUAUUGAUAACGUAGAGAAGGAGUUCUGUGGAAACAUAUGCUUAUCACAACACAGCUUACUGAUGCGUAAGGAAAUAAAGUGCUCCAUGUGCAGACAGGCCAAGAAGAUGACGGAGACUGUGAAAUGGCUGGGUGAGAUCAAGCAUUUCUGCAGCUUGCAAUGCUUGAUGUUCUUCUGCAGUCUGCAGGGAACCACUGGGCCAGUCAGACCCGCAAACAAGACUUUGUCCACACAAGGGACAAGCCCAGAACCAUCUCCAGGCCCUCAAACUACAGUUAAUCACACACCACUUGUAACUAAAGAGGCCGCACCGGUCAUCGCCAGUGUUCUAUCACUCUCAAGUGCGUCCAAUGGACAGCCAGGUGUUUUGGGGAGCAGAGUUCUGCAAGCCUCUGUUCCAGCUGCUACAGCAAAAAGUUCAGGAAAUACGGCCAGCACACAGACAGAUGGUGCGAAGUUUUUUGCGCCAGCACCUCGAAUCCUAAAGAACAAAGCCUUGCUGUGUAAACCAUUAAGUCAGAAUAAAGGCACAUCUUGCAAACCCAAUGUCUGCGACAUGAAUACACAAACAGAUGGACCUUCCGUGAUAGUGCUGCCUGUGCCAGUGCCAGUCUAUGUUCCGCUUCCCAUGAAUCUCUACACCCAAUACACUCCGAAGUCUGUGGGGCUUCCGCUUCCGGUUCCGGUGCCCUUGUUCUUCCCUACAACUCUGGACAGUGCUGAGCGCAUUGUGAAGACCAUUCAGGAAAUCAAAGAGAAGAUCCCUGAUGACCCACUGGAGGCCGACCUCAUCAUGAUGGCAGAGAUGGUGGCUGAGGAUGCAGAGAAGGAGAAAAGCAUCAUUAUUCCUGAUCAGACUAGUAACAUAAUGGACGACCUUGAUCUGGAAGCCUUAUCUAGCAAUCUGAGUUGGGAGGAGGACUCUGUGUCUUCUGCCCAGACAUGGGAUCAAACCCCUGAACCUGAGAGGCCUCCUCCACCCAGAUCUGCCACACUGACCCCCGUCUCCACCGCGGCGGAAGAGCCACAGAUGGACCUGGAGGCCGAUUUCCCAAUCGAGCGCAUUGAACUUUUCAGAGAGCCAACACAAACAGAGACAACAGAUUCUGUCAAACGGAGAUCUCGCAAGAGAAAACAUGAUGGCUUCCCUCAGAAGAAAAGGGCUGUUUCGCCCACAUGCACAUUCGUAUCUGUGGAGUUGUCAAGUCUUCAGGUUUCAAGCUCCGGACAACAGGGACAAAAUGUGGUGGAGGACUUAAAUCCUGAGCUGGCAAAAAGGGAUGCCAUGAUUGAAGGACUAAAGCGGGAGAUGCGACACUGCAAGGAAGUUUAUGACAUCACCAAGGCUGCUCUAGGAGAUUUGAAAGGCAGUCACAAGGGGCUUGUCGAGGCCCACAGGGCUGUCGUGUUGCAGCUGAGAGAGUUACAGGUGACAACCGAGACAUUGAGGAGCAAGCUUGACUCUGCACAAAGCCCAAUGGUGGACUCUAAGAGUGAGGAUGCUGUUGCCAAGUGUACCGAUGCAGACAGUCAGCAAAUAGAGCCAUGUUGCCAUCCUGAUCUGGAGAUUCGUCUUCCCUCGGAGAAGCAGCUGGACCUUCUGUUCACGCAGAGUCGGAGGCGGCCGGAUCGCUUUGGUUGCUUGUUGUUCCGUGCUGUUUUACCCCAGAGGAAGUAUAAGGAAUGGGCGUCUAAUACCAACUGGGAUGGUGCAAGGGGCAAAUUUGCAUUGCCUGUGAACCUACGCCACUUUAUCAUUAAGAGUGUUUCCCAGAGGUUCCCCUGCUUAACCAGCAGUGAUCGAAAAUGCAUCAAAGACCGAGUCAAUGAGUUCCUGCGCUCGCCAAGAAAUAAUGGGCGUAAGAGUGCAACUGUUGUUCCAGUCAAAUCAGCACUAGACAAUCUCUCUAACCUCUCAAAACUGCAACACGAGUAUGCUGUAAAUGCUUGGAAGGAAUGGGUACGCUGGAGGAACGCCCAACCCAACAUGGAGACCCCCAAAUUUGGCUCACGCAGUAUGACACUAAAGGAGGAUUUGUUGAAGUGCUGCACUGCUGAAAUAAGCUAUGGCCUCUGCAAGUUCAUUUCUGAAGUUCGUCGACCCAAUGGAGAGAAAUACAGCCCUGACAGCAUCUUUUAUCUCUGUUUGGGAAUCCAGCAGUACCUGUUUGACAACAAUCGGAUGGAGAACAUCUUUGCAGACGUUUUCUACACCAAAUUCUGCCAAGAACUGACAAUCAUACUCAGAGGGUGGAAGCCAACUAUUAUGCCCAGUGGUUAUGUUCAUUCUCGUGUGGAGGAGGAGUAUCUAUGGGAUUGUAAGCAGCUGGGGGCUUUUUCACCUGGUGUGCUGCUUAACACCCUGCUUUACUUCUUCAGUAAGUACUUCAACUAUAAGACCGUGGAGCAGCACCGCCGCCUCUCUUUUGGCCACAUUGUACGCUGCUCUCGGAGCAAGGGCGACACAAAAGUGGCCUGUUUGCGAUUCUAUCCCCCCAAAGAGGAAGCAAGCACAGAUGGCGUCCCUGCAAAGAAAAGGAAAGAAGAGGAGGAUGAAAAUGAUACUGUAUAUGAGAUCAAAGAGAAUGCAGACAAUCCUCUCCGCUGUCCUGUCAGGCUGUAUGAGUUCUAUCUUUCAAAAUGCUCACCCAGCGUGAGGCAACGCACAACUGAAUUUUAUCUGAGCCCCGAGCGCUCCUGUGUACCCAACAGUCCCAUGUGGUUCUCGACCACCUCCUUGAGUGAUGAUGUUCUGGACAGCAUGCUCACACGUAUCCUUACUGUCAGAGAGCUGCACCUAGAGAGAGAAAAAUCACCCAGUGAGUCUGAUUCAGAAAGUGACUCAGACAUCAGGCCCUGAUUUUGAAAUCAGACACAUACCAUAAGCGCAAACCAAAUUUUUAUUGCUACAAAGCUGACAAAAUCUGGAUGCCAUUAAAUGGGCCUUUAGGAUAUGGAUAGAUUCCAAUGGAUGGAAAGCAAGUGUUUUGUCAUUGUAUUUUCCACAUUUAAUUGGAUAGUAGUUAUGAGGCUGUACAGUGUUUUUGUGAUCAAGUGUAUGAAAAACUAUAUUUGACAAAAGCAGUUGAUGUAAAAAAAAAAAAAAAACAUUUCAAAAGGUGCAUAUGGUGUUAUGGAUUUCAUUUAGAGAACAAUGCUGAGUUUUUUGCAAUACCACAUUACACAUAAGUAGUAUUUAAUGGGGUUUCUGCCCAUUCUUUGUAUCAUAUUGAAACACUAAAGACACUGACAGCAUCUUUGUACAACAGGCAUUAAAAACAGUGGCUGGUAUAUCUACCCCUAAAAUGAAUACGUAGGGUUUUCUUUUUGCAACCUAACCAAUCCAGGAUUUCUUAAUUCUUGUAUGGACAAGGCUGCUUUUCUUUGCAUAAAAAAAGAAAAUUAAA